AUGACCCAUGGUCCAACCUCGCGUAGGACAGCAUCAGUGACAUCGGCGCCCUUCAAUUUCAUACCUUGCUAUCUUAGGCUGGACCAAGGCAAUGGCUCGCAAUGGACCGGAAGUGAGCCCGUUGGUGAAGAGAAAGAUACCUUUUCAAUAAUGGUGGCAACAGACAACCAUCUUGGAUACCUCGAGAAGGACCCUGUCCGAGGAGACGACUCUUUCGCGGCGUUUGAGGAGAUUCUUUCCCUCGCUGCUGAAUCCGAGGUGGAUAUGAUCCUGCUUGGAGGCGACCUCUUUCACGACAACAAACCGUCGCGCAAGACAAUGUAUAUCACCAUUAAACUCCUGCGGAAGUACUGUCUCGGUGACAAGCCCGUCAGUCUCGAGUUCUUGAGCGACCCCACUGAUAACUUUCCGGAAGGCAUUAAAAACGUCAACUAUAUGGAUCCCAACCUGAACGUAGGCAUUCCGGUCUUCUCAAUCCACGGCAACCAUGACGACCCCUCUGGUGAUGGAAACCUGUGUGCACUGGAUCAACUAUCGAUGACAGGUCUUGUCAACUACUUUGGUCGAUCGCAGGAGAUCGACAAUGUCAUUGUGAAGCCUAUAUUGCUGCAGAAAGGCGCUAGUCGGCUGGCGUUGUACGGAAUCGGCAACAUUCGUGACGAGAGACUGCACCAGACGUUCUUGCGAAGGAAUGUCAAAAUGAUGCGGCCAGUCGAGGACGACGACGAGGAACCCUGGUACAAUCUGCUUGUGCUGCAUCAAAACAGAGUCAUGCAUGGUCCAAAGAGUUAUAUCCCAGAGGCGUUUCUGGACGACUUUAUUGACCUGGUUAUCUGGGGCCAUGAGCACGAAUGUCUCGUCGAUCCGGUUUACAACCCGCAGCAAGGGUUCCACGUAAGCCAGCCUGGUUCCUCCGUUGCCACCAGUCUUUCUGAAGGGGAAUCCAAGGAGAAGCACGUCGCGAUCCUCAAGAUUUGCAAAGGGAAAUUUAAUGUUCAAAAGAUCCGACUUCAGUCUGUCCGGCCGUUUAUUAUGAGCGACGUAACCCUGGCAGACCAUAACCUCAAUCCGACCGACCAACAAAAACAAGCAAAGGAGGAUUGGAUUGCCAAGAGUGGACGCAUGAGUCGCAAGAGGCGGAUGUACAGCGAAGCCAGUGGCGAUGAAGAGGAGGCCGCUACAAACGCUAGCGAUGAGCAUGCAUUCGAAGUCCCCAAGCCCUUGGUUCGCCUUAGAGUUGAGUACAGUGGAGGAUACGAGAUUUUUAAUCCGCAGCGGUUCGGUCAGGAGUUUGUGGAUCUGGUUGCCAACCCACGCGACCUUGUGCACUUUUACAGGAAAAAGACGGUACCUACCACCUACAAUACAAAGACGAAGGCUGAAAUGGACGAUGUGGGAACAACGGAGAAGCUGGAUACGAUGCGGGUUGAGAACUUGGUGCAAAAAUAUCUCUCGGCGCAAAACCUCAGUAUCUUGCCGGAGAUACAACUUGCAGAUGCUGUCCGAAUCUAUGUGGAAAAGGAUGAGAAGGACGCUGUGAAAGAGUAA